AUGAACAAGUUGAUUCUUUGCCUUGCUUUAGUUGGAUUCUGUACUGCUGCCAACUUUAUUUGUACUCCUGAAAUGAAACAAAACAAAAACUGUACCAGAGAGUACAAUCCUGUCUGUGGUGUUAAAAUCGACCCUACUAAAAGCUAUAAAUAUAGCUCCAUUAAGUCUACUUAUUCAAACAAGUGUACUGCAUGUGCUGAACAAGAUGUAGAGUUCUAUGCUGAGGGAAGUUGUGAGGAUUAUCCAAAAAUCGCUACUUUCUGUCAUCCAAAUGCAUAUUUGAAUUAAGCUUGUACUCUAGAGUUUUUCCCUGUUUGUGGACUAUUUGAUAAUAGUGUCAUCUGUAAGAAAGGUCCAUGUGGCUCAAAUUACUCAAAUAAAUGUGUUGCUUGCACUAACGAAUAAGUUUCAUACUUCUUACCAGGUUAUUGCCACUUAUAAGAAUAAUAUUAACCCUGA